GCUCCGCCGCUGCUUGCGAUGUUUGAAAACCAGCUCAAGCUUCAUAUGUGGUAUUGCUAAGAAUCCUUACUUAUAGAAGUCUGAGAAAGAAGAGAGAGCUCGGACACUGUAGUUACGGUAGUUAGCAGUUUGAUCUUCACAAGGACGAGGAAGGUGAUGGAGAUUUUCCCACCAGGACUGAGAACAGUUGUGAAAGAAUGGCAGAUACAGGCUAUGGUUUUGGUUAGCCUUAGCUUACAAAUCAUCCUUGUUUUGAUGGGCAAUUCGAGAAAGUAUUCGACCAGUAACAAGCUCAGCUUCAUUCUAUGGGUUGCCUACCUGUCUGCAGACUGGUCCGCAACAGUCUCCCUGAGUGUACUUUCUAACAACGCAGGAACUAUAGGAGAUGAUGCCAUAGACCCAAAAUUUGUAAUAACAGCAUUCUGGGCUCCUUUUUUUCUCCUUCACCUUGGCGGUCCAGACACCAUUACUGCCUACUCCUUGGAAGACAACGAGUUAUGGCGGAGGCACUCUCUAACACUAGUUAUCCAGGUGGGAGUGGCUAUGUACGUCUUCCUCAGAGCCUGGACCAAAACGGCCCUGAAUUUUCUGGCAGUUCCAAUGUUUAUUCCGGGGAUUAUAAAGAUAUGGGAGAGAGUUUGGGUACUGAGAUCUGCUAGCAGUGAAAAUUUUAAGGCAUCCAUGCUCGGUCGUCCUGAUCCGGGUCCCAAUUAUGCCAGAUACAUGGAAGAAUACAGCUCAAAGAAGGAUGAAGGGUAUGACGUUACAUCAGAUACAUUCGGUGAAGUUCCUGUUGUAGGGGAUAUCUACUUUACAGCCCCUGAAAACGUUAUGAUUGAAGAUGCCUCCACUCUACAAGAUUCCUAUGUUUUCUUCAAAACUUUCAAACAGCUAUUUGCAGAUCUCAUCCUCAGCGUCCAAGAUAAGGUGAACAGUCAAUCCUUCUUUCAGAAAGUAUCCUUUGAUGAAGCAUUCAAAGUGAUUGAGGUUGAGCUAGGAUUCAUGUUCGAUGUGUUUUAUACCAAGGCCUUCAAGGUAUAUUCUCGAAAGGGUUGUUUUCUGCGUUUCAUCAGUUUCUCUUGUACCCUGUCUGUACUGUUGGCUUUCUUGAUCAUUGAGAAGCACGCCUUCUCGACAGCGGACAUAGUUAUCACUUAUGUACUGCUGGUUGGAGGCAUAUUCUUAGAGAUAUAUGCAGUGUCAGUACUACUUAACUCAGACUGGACUAUGCUUUGGCUGAGUAGGCACAAGAAUUCUGCUGUGGAUCUCUUUUAUAGAGUUAUUUCAUCAUUUCCGUUGUCUGGAAACAAAAGGUGGUCUAGUACCAUGGGGCAAUACAACUUAAUAAGCUAUUGCCUUGAAGAGAAACCAGCGAAGUGCAGUGUUAUCGAAAAGUUCUUAUGCAUGUAUGAGUUGCUAGAGAAGUAUCGAUACCAAGAUUCAGCGGAGGUUUCUAGUUAUUUGAAGAAAUUGAUAUUUGAGCACCUUCUCAAGAAAUCAAAGAGCGUCCUAGAAUCAGAUCUCGACGCAUGCAAGAAAUUAUGUGCAUCUAGGGGUGACCGGGUUCUUGAUAAUGCAAAAUGCCCUGAUUGCAGCAGCAGGGAAAAGCAUAAUACACUCAAGGAGAGAAUUGAGGUUUGCGACCAGGUUUCUAAGAGAGCAAAAUGCCUCCACGAACUAGGCGAAGAAAAUGAUAAAACAAUCAAAGACAGCGUAACAAAAGACUUUGACCAAAGCAUUCUUCUCUGGCACAUUGCAACAAACCUCUGUUAUCAAUAUGAUCGGAACACAUCCCCAAACUCGGUUCAAUGUCCAAAUUGUGAAGCCAGCAAGUUGUUAUCAGAGUAUAUGUUGUAUCUUCUGGUCAUGCGUCCUUCCAUGCUGCCCAAUGGGAUUGAACAAAUCAGGUUCCAAGACACUUGUGCCGAGGCCAAGGAAUUUUUUAAAGAAAGAAAAUCUCUAUGUGAUAUGGAUCAAGCUCGCAUAAUCUUACUUGAUGUGAGCACCGAAAUUGCUCCAUCUAAGGUGAAAGGAGAUAGAAGCAAGUCAGUGUUAUUUGAAGGAUGUCGGCUUGCUAAAUCAUUGCAGUUCUUGGAAGUUGACAAGAAGUGGGAAUUGGUAAGUGAUGUAUGGGUGGAAAUGCUAUGUCAUGCGGCGAGUAAGUGUCGAUGGAACCAUCAUGCUCAACAACUCACUCGAGGUGGAGAGCUAGUCACUCAUGUCUGGCUUCUUAUGGCCCAUCUUGGUAUAACUGAGCAGUUCCAAAUUUCAAAGGGCCAUGCAAGAACUAGGUUGAGUGUGCAUUGAAAAAGUUUAUUGUAGAGUAACAAUCAAUAUUCUAAGAAUUAAAGAAUUAUGUAAUCUCUGAUCUCACAUAACAGUCGAUUUUAUGGAUAAAAUUUAUGAUGA